UUUACAUGUAGUAGCACGCGAAUGUGCUGCCAUCGUACACAAUUUUAGAGUAACAUUUUUAACAAAAAAAUAUCUCGCCUAAAUUGGGGGUAUUUCAUACACGUUUUGUGUGGCGGCCAUCGUGCACGUACUUUUCCUUUGUUAGUGAAAUAAUUGUGUUUUUACUAAGUUAAGUGUAGUGUUUUGUGUUUGCGGAUAAAAUGGGAAAACGCAAACAUCGUGAGGAAGAUGAGGAAGAUUACUUGGAAAGAAAAAUCCGAAGUCUCGAGAGGAAAAGAUUGAAGAUUCGUCGCAGGCGCCGUCAUCGUAGUUAUAGCCCUAGUACGUCCUCAUAUACAGAUAAUGAAUAUGAGUAUGCGGACCAAGAUAUCGGUGAGCCCGAUCCCUUGCUAGAGGAUUCGCAAUAUGAAGAAUCCCCAUUGACCAACAAUACUGUAUACGACUUAACCGAUGAUGAGGUCGGUGCUUCAACGUCGGGUGCGCUGCCUGCUGCUGGCGGGCUGUGA